AAAAAGAAUCUUAUUUUUAUUGCAACUGUGCAGGAGCUUUUGCAUCUUCCAUGAUGAGGUCAAGUGGUUUCUACAACAGAAUGUCUUCCCUCUGUUUCAUCAACUUGAAUAUAUGAUAUAUCCCUCUGCAGCCAUUUCACUAGCUUACCACAAAGCUUUUCCAGAUUAUUGAAAUCAACUUGUACAUAGCACCUGGCAUUAGCAUGUGAAAGCAAUCAAAAGUUCUCACCUUUUUUGCACUUUUUCUUCAAUCUUCUUUUAAUGGUGUUUAAUUGUAGAGAAACGUGAAACUUCUGUUCUCAACCACAGCUUGAAAAAGCAUGCCACCUAAUACAAUCUUUAAAGGAAAUCAAGAAUAUCUAAUUAACAUCAUGAUCACGAGCUUUUAUGAGCUAAAAGAAUGUCCCCUAUAUCCCUAGUGAUCUUCACUGGUUCAUUAAUCUCGAGACACAAUCAUGAUUAGUAAAACCCCACUUUCUAAUUGCAUAAAUUAUUUUCCCUUAAACAUCUCUCCUUCAAAUCAUACCUCUCUGCUCAAAUAAUGCAGAACGCUAAAGCGGCAGCAGCAGCCAAGAAGCAGAAGCUUAAGGGAUGCAGUGCCUUGUGCUGCAGUUGUAGGCUGAGCGUUUCGUCAUCUUCAGAAGAAGCUGAAAGUUCAAAUUCUGAUAGAUAUCCGACUAUUUCAAGCCUAACACAUGCAAUGGUGCAAGAGAGGUUAGACAAGAUGAUUAGAGAAAGAGAAGAGGCGAAAAACGAAGAGAGGAGAAGGAGGAGGAGGGCGGAACGAGAGGAGAAGACUAAGUUUAUAGUGAUGAUAGCUAUGGAGAAAUCAUCUAAUGAUCCGAGAGAGGAUUUUAGGGAGUCCAUCGAACAGAUGAUAAUGGCAAAUAGGAUUCAUGAUACGAAGGAUUUAAGGCGACUUUUGAAUUAUUAUGUGUCCAUGAAUGCUGAGGAAUAUCAUGGUGUUAUACUCGAAGUGUUCCAUGAAGUUUGCAGCAAUUUCUUCUUAUCAUGUAAACAACCUUUAUAUCAAGUAUAGAACUUCGGUUUUCUAUCAAUUCUAAUUCCCCCAAUCACUAUAAGAAUGGCUUUAGUUAGCAGUGUGCAAAGUUCGGUUUUGCCGAUAAAUCGAAAUGAAAAUAAUGC